AAGUUAUUGCUUGGAUUUACUCAGGGGAAGCAAAGAUGUCGUUCAUGAAAGGAGAUUUACUUACGAAAACCAGAAAGCUGGUCAAGGGCUUGGCCAAGGCCGAGCCUGUUUGGUACAAAGCCAUGGAACAAGCACCGCCUCCAACAUUUCCUCGUGCUGAUGCAAUUCAGAGGAUCACACUCCCAGAGGAUGUUUACGUAAACAAGUUUUUUAAGAAACAUCCAGAAUCCAAAUAUCAAGACACAAUCAAGUUUUCUGCUUUUGAUCAUCCUCCAGCUCGUAUAUUUGGUCUUCGGGUGCUUGAGUUGAAGGAGCAGGGAGUUUCUGAACAGCAAGCAAUGGCGGUAGCUGAUAUGGAAUACCGAGCAGAGAAGAAGGCAAAGAAGAAGGCAUAUGCUGCGUUGAAGCAAAUUGCACGUCAACAAGGAAAGAAGCUUCCUCCCAACCCAUAUCCCAGUGCUCUCAAGGAGAUACAAGUUCUAGAGAAAAAGCAUGUUUAUGACCGUUUUUACAAUCCAAGGAUUCGCCAGAUUUUAAGGAAACUGCAAGAUGAAAAAGCAAUUGAGGAUCAGGACAGAAUGAGAGGGGAUUGGGGUGGCGGUGGGGGUGGGGGUUCGGCUGGUGGUGGCAGUGGGGGUCAGGGUGGUGGUGGUUGGGGUGGCAAUGGUGCUGGUAGUGGUGGUGGCGGUGGUGGUUGGGGUGGCCAAGGCGAUGUUGCUGGCGGGCGUAGUGUUGGUGGGGGUGUCUGGUAACGUUUGAAGCGUCAUCAGUUGAGAUAAUUUUGGUUAGUCAGCCUCCUUGGUUUGGUUAGUUCCUGAGAUUUCUUCCAAAGAUUUUUUAUUUUUUUCCAGUAGUUGUCCUUGCAUGAUUUGCCAUGCUGUUGCAUUGUUGGUUUACAUGCUUACAUGCUUUGAAGUUACAAAAAAAAAUGUGGAUCUCACUGAUUGCUAAUUGCAGCAAUCUUUCAGAAGAUUAUGGGAUUUUCUGCAAGAUAAAAUGGUUAAGAGCUGUAGUAGGAUACGUCUUGAUUAUGUGAUUUGGGUACUAUCUUAGGCAAUCAACAUAAUACUUCAUGUAUGAACUUUUGGAAAUAAAUAGUUGGAGAUCAUGAAUUAUUUAA